AUGGUUCGUUUGAAACACAGAUACAUAUUGUUUGAGAUUCUCUACCCCCCAUCGGCGUAUGGAACCUCGCGGGAGCAAAAAGAGAAAUUCUCGGAGUUCAGCCAGACUCCUAAGGAUGCCCUACUACACAUGCACUCGCCGUCGCCUUCGGCUGUCAGCCCACGGUCAAUACUGCUGCUACUAAAGCGAGUUAUAGUUGACCACUACGGCGAGUUUGCGUCAGGUACUGUUGGAUCGCUGAUCAUCGUGAAGUAUUUCAGCAACAGAACGUCUACGGGCAUUUUGCGAUGCAGCAGAAACGAUUUUCAUAUCGUGGUGGCCGCGUUGGCAUUGAUUGACAAAAUAGAAACACACAGGGUGGUUGUCCGCUCCGUGCAUGUGAGCGGAACGAUCCGCAAGUGUGAGGAUUUUUCAAUCAGAAGGGCGAGAAAGCUAAUGGCAGAUUUAGGAAAGGAAGAUGAAGUGGAGCGGGGAUUAGACGAGUUCAUCUCCAUGUUCAAAAGCGGUGACCGGGAAGACGACGACGAGUAA